UUUCAAUACAAACAAUAAUAGGAAGAAAAAUGUUCGCAAAGCUAAUAAAAAUAUAAUAAAUAUAAGAGAAACAAAUAAAUAAUAAAACAUUUUUAUACCAUUAAAAAGCUACUAAUAAGACAACAAAAAGACACUAUACUUUAAUUUUAAAAGACACCGAUUGCGUUUAAACGCAUAAUCACACUACCACAACGAAAAUGGAGAGUCUUUUCAAUUUACGUGCCUGGGACGAUGAUGCGAAAUAUGGCUGUAAUGCAAUUAACAAAACAUCAAUUAUCACAAAUGCCUACAAUGGCAUACCCGAAACACUAAUUCUCAACGUUUUAGCCUGGACUCUAUUAUUAGUACUCUUUACAGUACUUAGGCACCAGGCCGGUGAUUUCGGACGUCUGGCAUUGGUCCACAGUAAUGGCAGUAGAAAACGAUGGACCGAAGUAUUUUAUUCACGUGGCAGCUCUCUGGUAGAGCAACCCCACUCCUCAAAUAGUUCACAUCAACAUCAAAGCAGUCUAACGCAUUCGGCAGGCACCACAACGCCCAAUGGUCUGGAUGAGCCCAGAGGCAGUAUUACGUCCAACACUACAGACUCAACACCGCUCUCACCCAUACAAUACGAUCAGGGUAUAUUUUCCUGGAUCAUUAUAACAUUUAAAUUGCGCAAAGAACAAAUACUUUUGCAUACUGGACCCGAUGCUGUCUACUAUUUGUCAUUUCAGAAACAUUUAAUGGUUGUCAUGGCCAUCGUAACCGCUGUUUCUUUAGUUAUAAUUUUGCCCGUAAAUUUCCUUAAUGGUUCCGAUGAGUAUGAUGUUAAUGCAUUUGGACGCACUACCAUGGCUAACUUAUCGCCCGAUUCGGCCUGGCUGUGGGUUCAUGUCAUAGUCACCGUUAUAUAUGUGCCUUUAAUUGUUUUGAUUAUGCGUCGUUCGUCGGGUCGUAAUGCAUUUAAAAAGGCUGCCACUCGCACGAUUAUGAUUACGAAUAUCUCGCAUAAUGAUCGCAAUAAGACAGUGAUCCGCAAUUAUAUACAAGAACUAUUUCCCGAUGUUAACAUAGAAGACGUUCAAGUGGCCUAUAAUAUAGCGAAGUUAAAUAUACGCACGGCGGAAUACGAACGAGUAUUGGAUGCGAAAAUCUAUUGUGAACAUCAUCGAGAUAAGGACACAUUAACUGUCCGACCAGAACUUUGCAAGUGUAAAACGGAAAAUGCCUACGACUAUUAUCAACGUGAAGAACGGAAUCUACAUGGUGAUGUUGCACGUCUUAGAGCUGCUGCCCUAAAUGAACCAUUAGGCAUUGCAUUCCUCACUGUGUCCACAGUACAGGAGGCCCAAAACAUCGUAGCACAUUUUACACCCGGCACUUAUCGCCAAUGGAGUCUUACAUUUGCCCCCUCACCAGAUGACUUGUUUUGGGAGAAUUUAAGCGUCAGUCGUACUCACUGGCUAUUGAAAUGGGCCAUUGUAAAUACUUUGCUCUUUGCGGCGCUAUUCUUUUUAACCACACCCGCCAUGAUUGUAAAUUUAUUGGACAGCAUACACUUGGCCAAAGAUAAAAUAACAAAACUCUCACCCUUGGUAUCGGAAUUCUUGCCCACUUUGAUGUUGUGGACCCUGUCCAUAGUUAUGCCCGUCAUUGUAGCCUUUUCCGAUAAAUGGAUGAGUCAUUAUACGAAAUCGAAACAAAAUUAUUCCAUAAUGACCAAAUGUUUUGGUUAUUUAUUAUUUAUGAUUCUCAUAUUGCCCUCUUUGGGUUUAACCUCGGCCCAGGCUUUGCUGGAGUGGUCCGUAAGCAAUGACACCUUAAGGUGGCAGUGUAUUUUUGUGCCCGAUCGUGGUUCAUUUUAUGUCAAUUAUAUUAUAACGGCCGGUUUUAUUGGUACCUCGCUGGAAUUGUUACGUUUUCCGGAAUUGAUAGUUUACAUCUGGAUGUUGAUAACGGCCAAAUCAAAGGCCGAAACACCCUUCAUACGCAAAUCGAUUUUAUUAGAAUUUCCCUUUGGCACCCAUUAUGCCUGGACAACAUUGGUGUUUACGAUUUCCAUAGUUUACAGUGUCUUUUGUCCCUUGAUAAUGCCCUUCGCCAUGGUCUACAUUUGCUUUAAACAUUUUGUUGAUCGUCAUAAUUUGUACUUUGCCUAUGGACCUUCUAAUAUGAUCUCUCGUAAUGGUGGUAAGAUUCAUUCCACAGCUGUCACUAUGACCAAAUUUUCUAUCAUUAUACUUUUACUUAUAAUGGCCAUGAUAUCGGCUAUACGUGGUUCGGGCAUGGCCAGGGCUAUUAUAUUGAUUAUAACUUUAGUUAUAACUCUAACGCUGUUUACCUUCAUGUCACCCAUUAAACGCUGCACCCAGGCAAGGCGUCCCAGUAUAGUUGAAAUAGCUGGCCCGGCACCUAUCUAUAUACCGGAUGUGCUUAAGCCCAGAUCAGCUCACAAUGCCACACCAUUAGGACCACAUUCGUACAAUGGCGCUGGUACGACUGGACCGGCUGGUAAUGGCAAUGGUGGGGGUUAUGGUUCAGAUUCUGUGUCUGAUUUCGAUAUUAGCUCUCAGUGUAGUGUAAAUAGUGUAGAAGCCUAAAGAAAUUUAACAAAUCAAAAACAACUGCACCAACAAAAAAAUUAAACGAAGCGAAACGUUUUGAAACGUAAACAAUUUUUGUAUGAUGAAUUCUGGGAAAAAGAUAUGAAACUUGAAUAUUUUCCAUACAAAUUUUUGUAACGUUUGUCGUUUCGAACAAAAUUAUAGAAACCAUUAAUACCAACCAGUAGACCCUAAAGUUUUGUUCCCCUCAAAAUAAAAGAACAAUGUUGAAAAUAUAUUAACUUAGUAUGACAGUAGUCAUUGCAAUCCAUCCAAUAUUUCUGAGGAUUUUAUGAAAAUCGCUCUUGGAAAUUUAAUAUUUUCAUUAUCAAAACUUUUCUAAUAUAACACCUUUUAUCAGAUUUGUAUA